AUGCUUGGUCUGCCUGGCCUGCUUGGUCUGCCUGGCCAGCAUGGUCUGCCUGGCCAGCAUGGUCUGCCUGGCCAGCAUGGUCUGCCUGGCCUGCUUGGUCUGCCUGGCCAGCAUGGUCUGCCUGGCCAGCAUGGUCUGCCUGGCCAGCAUGGUCUGCCUGGCCAGCAUGGCCUGCCUGAACUGCUUGGUCUGCCUGGCCUGCUUGGUCUGCCUGGCCAGCAUGAUCUGGCUGGCCAGCAUGGUUUACCUGGCCAGCAUGGUCUGCCUGGCCAGCAUUGUCUGGUUGGCCUGCUUGGUCUGCCUGGCCAGCAUGGUCUGCCUGGCCAGCAUGGUCUACCUGGCCAGCAUGGUCUACCUGACCUGCUUGGUCUGCCUGGCCAGCAUGGUAUGGUUGGCCUUCUUGGUCUGCCUGGCCAGAAUGGUCUGGUUGGCCUGCUUGGUCUGCCUGGCCUGCUUGGUCUGCCUGGCCUGCUUGGUCUGCCUGACCUGCUUGGUCUGCCUGGCCAGCAUGGUCUGGCUGGCCAGCAUGGUCUGCCUGGUCAGCUUGGUGUGCCUGGCCAGCAUGGUCUGCCUGGCCAGCUUGGUCUGCCUGGCCAGCUUGGUCUAUUUGGCCUGCUUGGUCUGCCUGGCCAGCAUGGUCUGCCUGACCUGCUUGGUCUGCCUGGCCAGCAUGGUCUGGUUGGCCUGCUUGGAUCUACAUAUGGUUGUGUCAGCAAGGGUCAGGGCAAAUAUAGCUUUAUUUUUGUCAAUAACAAAAAUUUCAACGGAAAGUGUGUCAGGCCGCGGAUGACUUGCACAGAGUAUAGUCUCAUUGGCUUGAAAUUCAUGACGCGUCCCAUGCUAAGUGAUUCACAAGAGCUUUUAGUCUUAAAAAAAAGUCUUAUUCAUAAAUGGAUUUGCUUGUCAACACAGAUUUUCCAUAUCUGCAAACGUCUUGCCCGUGUCAGCCCCUAUCGCAAAGGGCAUUAA